AGAAAGAUUUCUCUUCCCAAAGAACUGCAAUUCCCAUAAAGCUCCGCUCGCAGGUUAGGCCCUGUUGCCAUGGUGAUCUGGGAGUAGGGCAAGGCCUAAAAUUCUCACCGCCGUUUUUGAUGAAGUGGAGAAGAGAUGCCUGGGGCCAGUGACACUAUAUGGGAUAUUGCUAAAGCGGAAGUUGAGAAAAGAGAAAACAGUGAAGAUGACAGAGACACUCUGGAAUGUUGUGAAAGAUCGUUAUUCUUUUUAGGAAAUAAAAAUGGGGGUAAGACUAGUAUUAUAUUGAGGUGCCUUGACAGGGAUGAAAUUCCAAAACCAACCCUAGCUUUGGAAUAUACUUUUGGAAGAAGAGCAAAGGGGCAUAAUACACCUAAAGAUAUUGCUCACUUUUGGGAAUUAGGUGGUGGAACUUCAUUGUUGGAUUUAAUCCCUAUACCAAUAAUGACAGUUAACAUAAGGACAUUUGCUAUUAUUCUUGUCUUGGAUCUUUCAAAACCAAAUGAACUCUGGCCAACCAUGGAGAGUCUUCUACAAGUCACUAGAAAGCAUGUAGACAGAAUUAUAUCAAAACUGGUACAAAACAAUUCCAAAAUAGCUACUGAUAUUAAGCGGAAAAUGUGGAACAGUGUGCCAAAGGAUCAUCCUGAUCGUGAGCUAAUUGACCCAUUUCCAAUUCCACUAGUUAUAAUUGGAAGUAAAUAUGAUUUAUUUCAUGAAUUUGAUUCUGAGAUGAAAAAAAUAAUAUACAAGACACUUCGAUUUGUUGCUCAUUUUUAUGGUGCAUCCUUAGCGUUUACUAGCAAAUCAGAAGCUCUGUGGUUGAAAACACGUGCACUUAUUAACCAUUUGGCCUUUGGUUUUGACAGAAGCAAAUCCAUGUCAGUGGAUCCAAGUAAACCGCUUUUUAUUCCAGCAGGAAUGGACUCCCUUAGUCAAAUAGGACCCCCUCCUGCUGCUGAUAGUGACAUUGGAAAGUUGAAUGCACAAACACCUUUGGAUUUAUGGAAAAAAGUUUUUGCAAAGAUAUUUCCCCCAAAGAAAGUAGGCAUUUUCAAAGAAGCUAGGGACCCAGCUCAGGAUCCACAAUAUGCCGAAUAUGAAGUUGAUGCCAUGCGAAGUCAAAAAAAUGAGGAAUUAGAACAGUACAAAAGAAAUGCUGCUAAAACCUGGAAAGAAAUAGAAUUUGAUUCUUGACUGUAUCCAGCUUUCAAUUUAAACCUAUAUUUCAUUCCUUUAAGUGGAUCCAAGUAAGAUUGAUAACAGCUGUUUAAUAUAUAAAUGAAUUAAAAAUAUUGUACUUAUUGUUGUUGGCUACACUGAAGUAAAAGUUUGAGUAAAUAAUUCCUGUAAUUAUAUAACAUUGUGGUAUGUUGUUUACCAGCUGAGCUAUAAACAUCCAUAAAUUUUCUACAAAUCAGCACAUGCAAUAAAUAUUAUGUUUUAAACCAGGGGUGUCAAACUGCUGACCUGCGGACCGGACGCAUCACGUGGAAGCUGCACCCACCCCAUUGCCAGCAAUGGCAAAACUGGUCCAAUACUGUCCAAUAGUUUAAAACAUGCCUGUUUUAAACUAUUGGACAGUGCUAAUACAUUUAGUUCUGUUUCUUGCAGACUGUUUUUGUUUAAAUUGAGGAGUGCACCGAUUUUACUGAUCUUAGCAAAAGUAUACUUGAAAAUAAGAAAAUUCAUGUGUAAGUUUUCACACAAUAACUUAAACCAAUUAAACUGCAUUGAAAAGUAUGCAGAUUUUAAAGAAAGUUUUCAGGUCAAGAUAAAUUUCUCAUGCAUGUAUAAAUACAUAUAUAUGACAUUUUUCGUAACAAUUUCAAUAAAAAGUAAUUGUCCAUG